AUGAUGGCAGCCAUACCUGAGACACGUUCGGUGACGGCGAGCGGAAACUUCGAUAAUCUGGCUCAGUUUCUCAGCUUCGAUGGGCCCAGUGAUCUUGUUCAUCCCAAAAUGACUUAUGAGCACCGCCUAUAUCACCCACGUCGCCACCCAGCGGAGCAUGUGUAUCACACGAGCUGCCGCCAUCGAUUUCGCCUACAGAGACGAACAACCAAAACGGUGGCGGCUGAAUCCUCAAUGAUCCAAGCAUCUUCAGAUGAAGGACAAGAAACGGUUGUGGACGAAUUGGUCAUCCAUCUAAGCGAUUCAGUCCAAGAGAUGUAUGCUGAGUGGGGAAUGUAUUGGGAAUUCCGCAUCCCUGUCAGCGACACCGAUGACCACCAUGAUCCAUACGUCACUUAUGGCCACAAAGAAUCUGGGUUCAUUAGUGAACACUUUGUCUCGUCGCGCAGCAACCCAGUCGAGUGGAAGACAAUCACUGUGGGAAACGUAAUGGACAUACAGAAGUUGCUUGCAGGAAAUCAUACUGUCGAGGACGCACUGGAAUUCACAGUAAAGUGGUCCCGACAAGAGCCAUCUUUGUCCGAGUUAGAUCAUACUCAGCGGGAGUUGGCUAAUCUGAAGAGACUGAUGGCGCGAACACACUGUACAUUGCUUACAACGUUCAGACAACCUUCGAUUGAUACCACUCGAUUAGUCUUUCGUUCAAAACGCAGCGGGACUCUCAAAUAUUUGUAUGUCCCAAGUCACAUACUCACACAAUUUGAAUACUUUCAACCAUUCUACCCAGGCCACUCGCUAGAAUAUUCUGAGACUCAACAUGUAGAUAAAGCCAAGCGUAAACGGGAUGAGGUAGAAAAACCUAGUGAAGGGCCAUACGGUGACGAUUCUGAUGACGAAUGGGAUAGUGAUUCAGAAGAUGUUGAACCCGAAAAGAAUAUUACUUUCAAAGCAACCAUUCAUGUCACGGGCACCUCUGAAGGUCACCAAUUUCAAGACCGAGUGAAAUUGCGCACUGUGCUUCAGCUUGCUAAUGUAUUAUUUUAUAUCAUAAUUAGAGCUCUUUACUUUGCACCCCUGCAAUAUGAAUACCAGCAAUACCGCAACAACCUGCGAAGUUCAGCCAUUGGUCGUUUGCCUAAAGAGCACUGUAUUCCGUGGCCCGAGUGGGCCGAAGAAAACUGCUACCCCCAAAGAGUUGUACCAGGUUUCAAAACUCUCACAAGCUCAAAGAGUAUGUACCGCCUCGCCGACAUGUUGAUCAUUCCCCAACUUAAACAUUUAUGCUACCAGCAUAUCAUCGACUCUCUACAACCGGACACCGUAUUAUCUGAACUCAAGAGCCCGGUUUUUAUGCAUCACGAGGAACUGCGUGUGGCAGCCUAUAAAUUCAUGCGCGGAAACUGGCAUUGUUUUGAUAGCUCAGAGAUUGCUCCUUUCAUUUUGGUUUCCCAACAUACAUAUUGCUAG